AUGCCACAUUCUCUGCACUUACACCAUCACCAGCGUUCACCACGAAACAAGAUGUCUCUGUCAGAAAAAGUCGAAGGUCUUUGUCGCAAUCCUCACAGUGUCUCACAGGCGCUAGCCGAGGACCCCUCAUUGUCACCCGGAGAAGCCGCGAAGAAGCUCUACCACCCUGACAACAUUUCAAUCAGCGAGGGACAUGUACCCUCAGUGAGAAAGGCUGCGACUGGCGAAGAGCUCGAACGUGCAUUGCAAUGUGGAAAGUUCACCACACCACCCAGCGAGCUGUUCUUACGUGUGUUCCACGACAGCUUGAUGCCACUCGAACAUGAUCCUCUCAUGGGUUGCUGCAGUCCGUCGUUGAUCGGCUCUUCAGGAACAUGCCCUUUGACCAUAGUAUCGGGAUUGCCUGAUAUCUGCAGACACAUGUCCAAUCUAAUUGCAAGAGCAGAAAAGGAAGUCUUGCUUGCAACAAAUUACUGGAUGGACUCUGAUGCUUCACGUCUCAUUACCGAUGGCCUCAAAGAGCUCUCGAAACGUGCUGGCGAGAGAGGCGAACGGGCAGUCGUAAAAAUCAUGUACGAUAGAGGAAAUGUCAAGCAGGUUAUCGACAAUCACCAAACGGUACUGGAGGACGAGUACACUGGCAAGAAUAUUCGCCUGCCGUCUACUAAAGAAGCACCAAACAUUGACCUGCAAGUUUUGAACUAUCACAGACCAAUGCUGGGCACUUUCCACUCCAAAUUCAUGGUCGUGGAUAGAAAAAUCGGCAUCGUCAGCUCGAACAACAUUCAAGACAAUUCCAACAUGGAAAUGGUGAGUCUAACANUGUGUCAUGUCGAAGGUCCUAUUGUUGAUUCUCUUUACGACACGUUCUUGAUCUCCUGGCACAACCCGCUCGAGCCACGUCUACCAUCACGUAACACACCCGCUGCUCAAGGCGGCUUGCCAACCUUCGACCAACCGUCUUUCCACGGUUUGUUCGAUCAGAGUGGCAACCUGAACGUUCCCGAACGGGGCAACAGUCGCUCGCUGGACGAAGUUGCAGAGGCUGGCAAGCGCACAGAGCUACCCCUGCAUGCUCCGGGCGAUCCACACUACGACGUAGAUAUCGCAGCUGAGGUUACUCGUAUGCAAUCCGUCAUGUCACCUAGACAUGGUGAGACUGGUCCUCAAGUCGCAGCCCGCCAUCUCAACCGCGGCCGACACCUCGACGUCAAGACAACCAUUGAAGGCGAGUAUGCUUUAGGCGAGGAGAUGACACCAUACAUCCCACACAAAGUACACAACCUUGUGCCAAUGGCAUUGGUGAAUCGCAAGCCAUACGGCGCGACCAACCACAAUGGUGUGUUUAUGCCACAAAAUGAGGCCUGGUUGUCUGCUGUACGCAACGCCACUCGUUCUGUCUUCAUCCAAACUCCCGACCUCAAUGCAGCACCUCUAAUUCCCGAACUUCUGGCCGCUGUACGUCGUGGAGUCGAAGUCACAUACUAUGUAUGCCUGGGCUACAACGACGCAGGCGAGCUUCUUCCCUUCCAAGGAGGCCACAACGAAGGCGUAGCAAACAAGCUAUACACAGCCCUCACCAAGGACGAAGACGCAGCACGCAAUCUCCUACACAUACACUAUUACACCGCCAAAGAUCAAGUCGCCCCUAUCCACGACAGCUUCAAACAGCGGUCCUGCCACGUCAAACUCAUGAUUGUGGACGAGCAUCUCGGAAUCAUGGGUAAUGGAAACCAAGACACUCAAUCCUGGUACCACAGCCAGGAAGUCAACAUUAUGAUUGACAGUGCCGAGAUUGUUGGCAAGUGGCGUGAGGGCGUCGAGAGAAACCAGAACACGGGCAAACUAGGCAAAGCAAGCAACGUCGAUGGCAUCUGGCGUGAUGCUCAGGGCAAACAGGCACCCGGAGCCAUUGGCGUAGAUGCUGGAAAGCUGAGUUGGGCAAAGGGCAUUGUGGGUGCUGUGCAGAGGGUCAGGGGUGCUGGAGGUUUCUAA